UCAUGUUCUUAAAAGCAUUUAACGACAAAACAAGAUCUUCGUAUAAAUCAUGGUAUAAUAGAGAUAAACUUUAAAACAUCUUGCUGUAAUGCCAUAAUUAUAUAUAUUUUAAUUCUCUCGUAAAGUCUACUAAGAAUGGUGCCUCGUAUACAUUGAAGCCAGUCAGCCAAUAUGCAUGUGUCAAUGAGGAUUCAACCAUAGCAUACCGUAAAAACAGUGAUUUUAUGUUUGACAGAGCUGUGUUUGUUUCGAACGAACCAAUAGAGUCAUCAAAACUCUUUGAGUUGAAUAUUGACAAAAUCGAUGUACGGCAUAACGGUUCAAUGGAACUUGGUAUGUGCAUGUACAAUGAAUUUCCAGAAGAGGUUUAUUAUGAAGGAAAUGGAUUUGGUAAAGGAAGUGGAUUCUGGUUUUUAAGAGGAAAUGAUCUAUGGAAAGAUUUUACAAGGAUUGGUGGGGGUUACCUACUUAACCUACGCAGUAUACGCGUUAAUGAUAGAGUAGGACUGGUUAGACAUCCGGACGGGACUAUGGGUUUUCUGUACAACGGGCAGUACCAAGGACUUGCCUUCCGCAAUGUACCUGGAGGUAUUUAUGGAUUAGUAGCUACAACUGGCCAAUGUGUCCAAGUGUCAGUAACUGAGGACGCUGGGCGUACCUUUGAGCAAGAAAAACCAGCCGGUACACCUAAUGCACCUUUCGAGUCAUUUUCUAUCACGACAGCUGGUACAGACUCUGUAUCCCUUUCACGAUUGCGUGUGCCAUAUGGACUGGACUUCACUGAUGAAGAAAAACACCCAGAAAUGAGUAAAGUUUACCAGGAAAAAGACGACACGAUGUGUAACGUGUAUGUGGAAGCGGAAAAGAAUGUAUUCACUCCGUUGUAUAACAUGAACCAGCGAUCCUCUAAAGGAUACCUGAAUGAAAUUGACUUAAGAGAUUUGCUCGAAAGGUGUAUUUUUAUGUACAAUUUCCAUCAUGACCCCAGUACACGCGUUGACCCAGUCUCCAAAGAUCAAAUGAAGUUUAUUACAACAAGUGUUAAGAUGAAUGGCGAAAUGUUGGAAUUAUUCCAAAGAAAUAAUUUACCGCCAAAAGCAACAGAUAAUUUACCUAAACGACGUCAACAAAUAUUUGAUGCUGUGAGACCAUGUUUUGAUAACAUUCAGGACAUGAGCGGGAUCGUAUGGACAGGAAGUACGAGUGAGGGCUUUGCAAUAGCAGAUAACAGUGGCCCUGGCACACCAUAUGUGGACGAUGAAAUGGACCUUAUGAUUCCUCUUGCUAUGGCCACUGAAAGCUCUCAAAGAAACACUUGUGAAGAUGUUGUAAUAGAUAAGCAAACAUUUAGAGGAGGUUUCAAUGAAUUUGAGGCAAAUUCCAAAGAAAUGACAGACAUUAGGAAAGAAUCUCUGGUAACAGAAUUAGAAAAUAUCGGAAAGUGCCAGCGGUCUGAAGAUUGCCCUCUUUUUAUUUGGUGUCCUUCAUGUCAUCCUGGUUAUGUGUUCAUAGUUGUUCCAGAAAGUAUGCAGUCUUACAUAAGUAACAGUUUCUUUAAAUACAUUUGCGCACGCUCAAAGUCGCACAGUGGUGGCAAUGAUCUGUUUUUGACGCGUUCUAAGCUACUUGCCAUUCAAGAGGAAUAUACCAGAGAACGCCUUUCUGUCGUACAGUCUAAUAUCACUCGAGUCAGAGAUGACGAGGAGGGUCAAUUUCAAGGACAAUUAAGGCUUGUCCAAGAGGGGCCGGUGCAGACUAUAUCGGUUCGUUACGAAUCAAAAGAACCUAGUGGCUCUGUAUUGGAAUUUGACCAAACAGUUGAUGUGGCUAUUGCAUUAAAUGGAGUAAAUUGGCCAACUAUCGCGACCCCUUGGAUGACAAGAAAGCGACUUUGGCCAGAACAGAUCGUUGUUGAUAAGAUAAUAAAGGACGGUUAUCAUAUUGUUCCCAAAUAUUAUCCUGGUGGUAGUGAUGUCGACUUAGAAUGGCGAUUGUCAUUUUCUCUGGCCGAGCGUACGCUGGCCCACACCUUUACAGAUACUCAACGAAACUGCUAUAUGGUUUUCAAAAAGCUGUGGAGAAAGUACUUAAAGGUACCUAAGGUGCUUUCGUCUUAUCACAUAAAGACCACUAUGUUUUGGCUAUGUGAGAGAAGUUCUUCAAGCGACUGGAUGGAAUCCAAUGUGGGUGAGAGAUUCCUAGAUCUUCAAAAUUUUCUCAUCCUGUUUUUACAAAGACAUAAUGUACCAAAUUUCUUCAUUCCUGAAAACAAUAUGAUAAGUAAUGUACACCAAGCAGAUGUGAACGAAAUUCUAGUAAAAGCAAAGGACAUUCGACGUCGUCAACAAUAUUAUCUUCAAGAUCUUGUUGUGCCAUCUACGUCUUUCAAUUUUACUUCAUGGUAGUAUUCAUAUGUUAUGGUAUUCUUGCAUGAAAAAAUGCUUUAAACGUAACUUAAAGUUCCAAUCAAAUCUGAACAUGUAAUACGGUAAGAAAAUUGUUCCUAAGCAAUCCCGAAUCAUUAUAAUCGUAACCAUCAUCAUAAUUAAUCAUCAUCAUCAUCAUCAUCAUUAUCUUCAUCGUCAUUAUCAUCAUCAUCGUCAUAACCAUCACCACCAUCAUCAUCAUCAUCAUUGGAAUUGAUAUCUAAUUGAAACAUUUAUGUCUACGCUAUCUUACUUCGGUUAGUGUUGCUGCUUUGGUAGUGCAUGGUAUCAGAGCCCAAAGCAGAGGCCAAAUGUAGUGUUAAAAAUGUUAUCAAUAUUCAAACUAAUCUGCUUAAGAAACAGUGGCGUAACGAAGAGUUCGGCAGCUCCUGGGUAGGGGCCCUACAUGUCUCCAGACGACGAUGUGCCCGGGGGCCGCGAAGGGCCCCGGCGUUUUUAGCAUUCAAUGACGUAUUCUGAUACCUUGUUACACAUUUGAAAGUUUAUGUAUCGUGAUUUGACCAAACAAAAUUAAAAUUAAAAUCAAUAAAUAUUUAUGGAUAUUUAUUUUAACAAAACGUAAACUGGCAAUAGUGAUGAUAAUAAAAAUGCCCCAAUCAACAGUGGCGGCGCCAGCGUCUGAAAUCAGGGGAGGGGAUAAGUGAGGUGAAAGGUAAAAUUUUAGGGGGAAACAUGCUGGGGUGGCGUGGUUGAGCGUCGCUCAAAAUGCCUUGAAAGUGGUCCAAUAUGAC